CACAAAGGUGCUAUGGACUAAAAGAGUAUUUACUGGCUGGGUUUUUAUUUGUUUAUUGACUCUAAAGGAAAUAGUUUAUUCUUGUUUUCUUUUAAAAGUCCAAAGAAUCGUGAUAAAGGCUUGAUUGAAUUACCAAUUAACAGUCAAAUUAAAUCUCCACCCUGUAAAAAAAAAAGUUUUUUUUUUAUAAAGUAGAUGGAAUUGCUGUUUAUAGGUUUUCUUGUUACCCCUCUUUCUCUAUUUUUUUUUUUAAAAAAAACACAAGUUACACAUCAAAAUGGAGUCUGCUCUUUUACAAGCCCGUAAGGCAUGUCCCUUUUUAAAUGUAAACAAUACUGCAGCUCUUAGACAAUUGAACAAGUCAAGUGGGUUAUUGACCAAGGCCAAUCAAUGCCCUGUCAUGGGUGCUGCUAUCCAAACCAGAGGUGUUCAUACCUCCCCCAAAGAAAAGAAGGCCGAACAUUUUGAAUAUGAAAGCUUCUACAAGAAUAUGUUGGAUAAGAAGCACAACGAUAAAAGUUAUCGUUACUUCAACAACAUCAACCGUCUUGCCAAAAAGUUUCCUUUGGCCCAUCUUGCCCGUCCUAAGGAUGAAGUCACUGUUUGGUGUGCUAAUGAUUACCUGGGUAUGGGUGCUAGCCCAAUUUUGAUCGAGACCAUGAAAAAAACUUUGGAUCGCUAUGGUGCUGGUGCGGGUGGAACCCGUAAUAUUGCUGGUAAUGCGGACUUGCAUUUACAAUUAGAGUCUGAGCUGGCAGAUUUACAUCACACUGAAGGAGCUCUUGUUUUCUCUUCUUGUAUGGUAGCCAACGAUGCGACCUUAUCGACUUUGGGAUCCAAGAUGCCCAACUGUGUCAUCUUCUCGGACGCACUUAAUCACGCCUCCAUGAUUGAAGGUAUCCGCCAUUCCAAGGCAGAAAAACACAUUUUCCGUCAUAAUGAUCCUGAACAUCUUGAGGAAUUACUGAAAUCUGUUGAUAUUUCAAGACCCAAGAUUAUUGCCUUUGAAUCUGUCUACUCCAUGUGUGGAUCAGUUGCUCCUAUUCACAAGUUUGUCGAGUUAGCAAAGAAAUACAACGCCAUCACCUUUUUAGAUGAAGUGCAUGCUGUUGGUAUUUAUGGUCCCCGUGGUGCCGGUAUUGCUGAACAUCUCGAUUUUGAUUUAAAUGUAGCAAAUCCUCAUCGUGGUAACGGUGGUAUCAUGGACGAAAUUGAUAUCAUCACUGGUACUCUUGGUAAAAGUUUCGGUGUUGUUGGUGGUUAUAUUGCUGGUUCAUCCCAAUUCAUUGAUAUGAUCAGAUCUUAUGCCCCUGGUUUUAUCUUUACUACAUCACUCCCUCCUGCUAUUGUUGCCGGUGGUAGAGAAUGUGUCAAGUAUUUAAAAAAUUCAAAUGCUGAACGUCGUAAGCAACAAUUAAAUGCUCGUACUGUGAAGGCUAGAUUAGCUGAACUUGGUAUCCCUGUUGUGCCCAACUCUUCUCACAUUGUUCCCGUUCUUUUGGGUGAUGCUGAAUCUGCAAAGAUUGCUUCUGAUGAUCUCUUAAACGAAUAUGGUAUCUAUGUUCAAUCCAUCAAUUCCCCAACUGUUCCUGUCGGCGAAGAACGUCUUCGUAUCACUCCUUCUCCUGGUCAUACACCUGAAAUGAUUGAUCAUCUUGUAGCCUCUCUUGAAGAUAUCUGGAACCGCUAUAGCUUUAGACGUGUUGCUGAUUACGAGGCCAUUGGUGGUCUUUGUAAUGUUGGUAGUAAGGAUGCACCCAAGUUUACUCCUAUGUGGACUGACGAGCAAUUAAAUCAUAAUAUCCCUGCUAUCGAAGAAACUCAACAAAAAACCUCUGCUGUUUAAAUAUAUUAAAAAUACACGUAUCUUAAUAAAACAAUCCUCUCCAUAAUGACUCCC